CUUUUCCCUGCAGGUGUGGCUGCAUGCCAGUGCUAUGCUCGCAUGCUGUAGCUGUUAUGAUUGUGUGGAAGUACCUUUCUGUUUUCAUUUCAUGAACGAUUUGUGGAGGAGACGACAGAAGUAAUAAUAACUAAUAUGCCAGCUGCGUAGUUCAUUGCUGGUGACCAGACACAUAAGUUUCGGAACGAAAAGUAUCCGACAUAUCACUGAGUGGCUGAUCCAGUGAUCGUGCGCCGAUUUGCUUGAGGAUGGCCAGUGCUAGUGGCACCAAGUCGUCGUCGACAACCAUCAUUGUGGAUGAUGGAGAGCUGCCUGAGUUGUCAGCGGCGCUGCCCAAAAAGUAUGGCAUUCCGCCGUCACCUGUUCAGCUUCUGUGUGUAGCCGGCUCGAACGAUUUGCUUAUACUGGGCACGAACCAUAGUUUGAUGGUUAUUCACCAUCUUCGGACAUUGGUCACCGACAAAGUGUCAUUGGAAGGUUCAUUGAAAAGAAGCGGUGUUACUGCACUCUGUCUAUUUCCCGGCGUGUACAAUCGACUCGCUAUUGGACGUCAGCAUGGACUUAUCAAUAUCUAUCAACUUGCUGAGGCUGAGGAACAUAAACGUCGCUCGAUGAUAAAGAAGGUCCACUCAGCAAGUAUCACCUGUCUGGCUUGGGACACCCGGGGAACACUGCUCUUCUCCAGUGAUGAAAGUGGAAAAGUGUAUGCCACAGAAGUAGACAUGAAAGAUGGCAAGCACCAUAGCUGGUUGGUCUAUGAGUGUCCCAGCCCUAUCAUACAGCUAUCAUAUUCCUCUAUGAUGCUACUUGUAUCGUCAACCGCCUCAUCAGUAGUGUGUCACAUAGCCCGCGAUAUUUCACAGACCAAUCCGCCUAAAGUCGGCUCUAAGGACCGCAAAGUUGGGGAGUAUGGGGGCUGCUUUGCGACGGUGGUCAACGACGGUGAACCUGGCCUUGUCCUGUUCGUCACCCGGCCUGGAUUGAGAAUUUGGCGUGCUGAUCACAAGGGCACAGUUCAAGCCACUCUCAAGUUCAAGGAUCUGAUUGAGCAGGGCAAUAUCCCGGCAAUCAAGCUCCUUGGUCGUCGUCGCGAAGCCAGUGCCAGUGGGGCUGCUUCCGAGGCCCAGCAGCUUGGUCGUCUGCGCUCUGCGUGCUCUAAAUACUUGUUAGCAUGGCAUGGCGAUUCGGUGUGGCUGCUGGACCCUGGAAACGGGCAAAUGGCCGGCUUUACCAGCGGCAUUGGCCCGAUCCUGGAUGUGUGUAUUUACAAGCGCUGGGUGUACAUACUGCGGGAGCCUCCGUACGCACGGCAAAGCCCCGUGAUUCGGCUUGGCUUUGAUCCAUCCGUGGUGCCCCUGGGCAGCAGUCCAGCCCUUCCUCGCUUUCGAAAUGUAGCAGAUACGCCCAAGGGAAUUCAUCUACCAAGUAGCGCCUCAGAAAACCAACUGUCAGUGGCCUGGAGUAAAGUGGAAAGUGCCACGUCGGAAGACGCGUCUCCAAUCACAGCCAGGAAAUCAGAGGCUGAGAAGAAUGAUGCUUCUGCUGAAGAUCCAGUGGCACCCUCAUCAACUCCUGCUCAAGACUCACCAUCCAGUGAAGUUACCAGUGACAAAUUCCAUCUUACAACUGAGCAGACUUCAAUGUCUACCACCAGUGACACGACACACUCAGUGGAUACAAGCGUAGAGCAGGUAUCUGAUGAAGCUGCCCACACCGGAUCGAACAAUUCUACAGCAGCAGAUGAGCCAUGUGUGUUAGCAUCGCAGUCCAGUGAGUCAACAGAUGGGCCGUCCACAGCAGCAUCAGGCACGUCACUACCAGAGCCUGCGUCCAAUGUGUCUGCUGCGAGCACUCCGUCACCCUGUCCUUCACCCGUUAUGCCCUCGAAGAGCAGCGAGGCAGUAUCAGUUUCACUGGCUACAAGCAGUGCUGCCGUGCUUAGCUCUGUUACCUCAACUGCAGCCGCCGCAGUGUCUAGCAGUAACAACAGCGUUGCUAGCACUGGUGAGAAAGUGCACCAGACAACGACACCCGAGCAGAGUCCAACCAGAGGAGAGGAUGUUGCACUCGGUUCGUCGUCUUCACCUCGCUUGGCCCGUUCCCGGACACCGCCAAGCGCCAGCACCCAGGUCUCUUCAAACAGCCGUGCCACUUCGCCAUCAUCACGACCGCCGCUUAUGUCGGGCGCGCCUGCAAACUCCAGCAAGCCUCCACUACUGCAUGCUGCUGAUAGCAAAGUGCCCAUCAUUCCACCACGGUUUGAUAUCAGCAUGGAUGACGCUGACACGACAGUCCUCAUCAAACCCAAGAAUAAGCGGAAAGUAAAGAAGCCCAAGAAAGUGGACAGCGCCUCAUCCAUUGGUCUUAGUUCAUCUUCCAAGCCAUCUUCAGAGCCGGCAUCUCCAGAACCUGUCAGAAGCCAUGCUAGUCCGACACCAGAUGCACCACCAGAGGAAGUAAGUCUUGCAGCUGCCGCUACUACUGCUGCUUCUGCAACUGCUACCACGGAACUGCUGCCCAGCAAUGAUAUGGACUCUGCAGAUGAAGAACGUAGACAUGAAUCCGUUGAUGGCACAGAGGUUGCUGCUGGUCAGGCCAAAGCUGCAGAGCAGUUUGCAAAGACUGUUCCUGAGACUCUUUCCGCUGAUUGUGUUCACUCCGAAAUCUCAUCGCGUGCAACAGCAGCACAGACAGACCAGUCUAACAUUGCUGAUGUUUCGCCAGCGAAUGCCGAACCAUCCACUGAGCAUGCAACUACCGCUGCAUGUGCGUCGACUGGUGCGGAUUGUCCAAGCGAGCGCACUGCAUCCGAGGUCAGUGAGGUCACUGGUGCUGGUCUAGCUGAAAUGCAUCAACCUGUAUCUGUGUCUGUGCACGUAAGCAGUGUGGAUGAUACAAGCAUGGCCAGUGCACCCAAGGCAGCCAGCGACUCUUUCAUGCCAUUUCAAAUGAACAAGAAGGCACCUACUGCGCUCCUCUCCACUGCCGAGCUUGACUCGGAUGACGAGUUAGCGCAGGCCGAUCAUCCGCUGGCAAGUAGCCCACGUGUUGCUUCCAGUCACGCGGAUGCAUCAGGUGAUAGUAGCGGUGCUAACUCUGCCGUAAACUCCGGGGAACACAAUCUCACAUCUAUCUAUGAUAUUGGCCAUGCAGAUGCCGAGGAGGAGGAUGAAGCAGCCCAUGCUGCAGAGCCCACUUCAAAUACCAGCCCAGACACUGCUGCUGCUACUGCUGCUAAUGUCUAUUUACCGGACAAGAACAAAGGAGCAGCUUGGGGACAGGGUGCGGCUGCAGCAGCAGCAGCGAAAGCAUCUUCCUCUGACAAAGCGGCGGCGGCCAGCUCUAAACAGACGAGUAUGGGAGCAGAGGACAUGUCCUUGGCUGACAGUUGGGUGCAGUGUCCGUCACCUUGUCGUUACCCACUCAGCGAGAUUGUCUGCACGCCCACGCACAUCUGGGCGAUUGACAGCAAGGACUAUGUAUACACGUGGUCGCUCAGCAAACGGCGUUGGAUCAAUUUAAAGGGCAGUGCACGGCACAUCUCUGCAUCUCCAUCUGGUGAUGUUAUAUGGGCCUGUUCUAAGUCUGGAAGUUUAUACCACCGUGCUGGCAUUGAGCGGCGAGUGCGUAUCGGUACAGAGUGGCGCAAGAUGGAUAUGAAAGUGAAGAGCAUUGCCUUGGACUACAAGCGCAGCUGGGUGCUGACAGCCUCCGGUAGCGUCAAGCUGCGCCGAGACGUGGAUCUUGCUUGUCCGACCGGCCAGCGCUGGGACGACAUGGUGGAUGCUCCCAACAACCUGCGCUACUUGGCAGCUGGAAACGGCGUCCUGUGGGCCAUCACCACGCACAACGUUGUCCUCGCUCGGCUUGGCAUCAGCCGUCACAAACCACUGGGCACGAGCUGGGAGAUGGUGUGUCCCGGCCAGAACUUCAUGCACGUUGCGAUUGGCAUCAACGACGUGGCCUGGCUGGUCAACAUGGACGGCGUGGUGUGCUUCAUGAAGAAAGUCAGCCAGACGUCACCGCUUGGUGACAGCGAUCUGUGGUUAUCAGCUCUUGGCCAGUUUGUUGUUCACGAUGCGUCUCUACUGGAGGCGCUGUGGACAUGGUCGCUGGUGAAGCGUAGUGAGCCACUGAGAUACGUCGCCUCAGCUCAGAACUGUGUGGCCGUACUCAACACUGGCUCCAAUCUUCUUUUCUCCGGCGGCAGUAUGGUGGGCACUGCGUACCGUACCAUGUCGGCAUCUGGCAUCGCCGCCAGUAUGCGCUGGAUCAGUGUGUCGGCAUCGGCCCUGCACUCCGACGACGGCCGCGUCUGGAUGCUGCAGCGCAACGGCGAGGUGUUCUCUGUGCAGCACGGGGAACGACUCGCCGUCGUGGAGUCGCCCACCCGCCGACAGCUCACGCAGAUCUCAUCGUCGCUGGGCUCCGUGUGGGCGGUAGUGGCAAACGGUCAAAUCCUGGAGCGCACUGGUGUCAGCGACUACUGCCCAACCGGCACUGCCUGGAAGCUCAUCUCCACAGAGGCGCUGAAAGGCACGAAAAUACGGCAAGUCUCCUGCGGCCUGCACUCUGGCUGGGCCGUUGAUGACAAGGGUCAGGCUUGGCUGCGUCUUGGUGAGCUGAGUCAGAUGUCAUUGGGUGCUGCUGCCAAUCCCUGGUUGCCCAUCGACCCGCCAACAGCACAAACCAAGUUUACUCAGGUGGUGGUUGGGCCCGGUGGCUGGCACGUCUGGGCGGUGGACAGCGCUGGUGGUACUUACUCGCGUCUCGAUGUCGGCAUUGACAACCCGGCCGGCUCAUGCUGGCAAGCCAUCGGUGGUGUGAACAGCUCUCGCCUGGCCAUCAGUAAUGUCAAGGUCUGGGCGUGCUGUGCCAAUGGCGACGUGGUCUGGCGCAGCAAUGUCACGCCGCGCAACCCAACCGGCGACUAUUGGAAACGCAUCCCGGGCACGUUCUCCGACAUUGCCGUCACGCCCGACGAUGUCCUCUGGCUAAUCGACUCUGAAGGCUACUUGUUCAAGCGAGAGACAUCUGUGUACAACGGGAGCAGCACGCAAUCCAAGCUAACUCACGGUGCUUCACUGGACAGUUGGGUUCUUAUCUAGAUCCUACUACCCACACGUUGCGGCUUGUGUUCAAUGACAAUGUCGUCCAAGAGACGCCCCAACUACUUCACCCGCUAUCCUCUAUUUCCUAAUAUUCCGAGAGAGAAAAUAACCAUGUAACAGGAGAAUAAAUCCAUUUAGGAAGAUGUUCAUAUUUCAAUGAAGACGGCGUCAGUGCUUCUACUUUCCUUCGCAUGGCGUACUUGUAUCCGCGUACUGAAGACUAGGAUUAUUUGUGUAGGAAUCAAAAUGAACAGUGUAUGAAGUAUUAGUUGUGAACAGGCGGUGUCUGCCCCCCCCCCCCCCCCCCCUCUAAUUUUCCUUCUAGCAGUGUUUGGCAGUCUAUCCUUGGUGAAGUGGCGAUCAUGCCGGCCACUACCCAUUCAUUACGUGCUACAAACUGGCUGCUGCUGCAUUGUAAUGGCUGCUACUGUAGCCUGUACCUCCACGUGUCAGGCAGUCUCUCUCUCUCCCUAUCUCUCCCUAUCUCUCUCUAUCUCUCUAUCUCUCUAUCUCUCUCUCUCUCUCUCUCUCUCUCUCUCUCUCUCUCUCUCUCUCUCUCUCUCUCUCUCUCUCUCUCUCGCUUCACCAUCCUUGCUUGUGUCCCAGUGUGGCAUUAGACGUCAGGUUGCCUAGUGAAGAUAUUGAUGCUAUGCUUUGUUAUCUUGCUCUUAUUUUCAAUUGCUUCUAUAAGAUUUGUCUACAAAUUGAUUUUAAUUUUAUCACCGACUUUUAAGAAGAAGAAAGACACUUUA